UUUUAUUGUAAAUCUAAGGUCACACUGCGAAAAUCAAUUUCUGUUGAGCAUCACUGCGACGAAUUUCUUUUUCGAACAGCGGUAGGCAAGCAGGAUGGUUAACGUGCCAAAGACACGAAAGACGUACUGCAGUCACAAAAACUGCAAGAAACAUACUCUGCACAAGGUAACCCAAUACAAAACUGGUAAAGCCUCGCUAUAUGCCCAAGGUAAACGGCGUUACGACAGAAAACAGUCCGGAUAUGGUGGUCAGACUAAAGUCGUGUUCCGUAAAAAGGCUAAAGUUACCAAGAAAAUUGUGUUGAGAAUGGAAUGCUCACAAUGUAAAGCAAGGAAACAACUUGCCAUCAAGAGAUGUAAGCACUUCGAGUUGGGAGGUGAUAGAAAGAGAAAGGGACAAAUGAUUCAGUUCUAAAUGAUCGUUACAUCAUAUCUGGUCAUUCCGAAGUCACUUUUGCUCUAUCGCAAUAAAAUAAUACCACCAAU